AUCAAAAUAAUAAAAUGGGCCUAACUAUUCGGCCCAUCAAAUUCUGGGACACAAGCUUUAUAACCUUUGCAUCUCCCGUCUCUUUAUCAAAACCCUAGAAAUUUUUCUCUCGAGCCGCCUUGCGAAAGCAUUUUCGACCUUACUCUAAGGAUAUAAAAUGUCGACAGUUGGUGAGCUUGCUUGCAGCUACGCUGUUAUGAUCCUCGAAGAUGAGGGUAUUGCUAUCACGGCUGACAAAAUCGCGACUUUGGUGAAAGCUGCUGGUGUUAGUAUUGAGUCAUACUGGCCAAUGCUAUUCGCCAAGAUGGCUGAGAAACGUAACGUGACUGAUCUCAUCAUGAACGUUGGUGCUGGUGGUGGAGGUGGUGCUCCGGUUGCAGCUGCUGCCCCAGCUGCUGGCGGUGGUGCUGCAGCAGCUGCUCCUGCUGCCGAGGAGAAGAAGAAGGAUGAACCAGCAGAAGAGAGUGAUGGAGAUUUGGGAUUCGGCUUGUUCGAUUAAACGCAUUCACUUGGUUUUCUUCUUUGUAGUUGGUUUUGUCGAUUUGAGACUAUAUUUUGUCGUAUCUGAGUUAUUAUUACUUGUUUGGUCUGGCUAAAGAUUAAAGAACGGUUUAGUUG